UCCUGCUGUCGGUGAACAAAGGCGUGUCCCUCAACUUGUAUAUAACCGCCCGGCGCGUGCGCCACCGGACUCUUCGCGAUGGCCGAGAACUGCACUGAACUGGUGUUCGACAAGCCGAAGAUUGAGCUGCAUGUGCAUCUGGAUGGAGCCAUCAGGGUGCAGACUAUUCUUGACGUCGCUAAGACACGUGGCAUCAGUCUACCAGCAACAACUGUAAAGGAGAUGACUCAGGCUAUUAUUCUUCAUAAGCCAGCCACCCUCACAGAAUUUAUUGGAACAUUUGCCAAGUACCUGCACGUGAUUGCCGGCAACAGGGAGGCCAUAAAAAGGAUGGCCUACGAGUUUGUGGAGGACAAAGCAAAGGAGGGAGUGAUUUAUGUUGAGGUCAGAUACAGCCCACAUUUACUGGCUAACACAAAGGUGGAUCCCAUCCCAUGGAACCAGAAACGGGGUGACCUGAGCCCGGAUGAGGUGGUGCAUUUGGUCAAUGAGGGCCUGAGAGAGGGGGAAAGGGGCUUCAAUAUUAAAGCCAGGUCCAUUCUAUGCUGCAUGCGCCACAUGCCAAGCUGGUCCAUGGAGGUAGUAGAGCUGUGUAAGAAAUAUCGUCAUGAGGGGGUGGUGGCCAUUGACCUGGCAGGAGAUGAGUUGCUGAAUUGUGAAACCUGCCCGGGACACAUGAAAGCUUAUGAGGAAGCAGUGCGCUCUGGGAUCCAUAGAACAGUUCAUGCAGGAGAGGUGGGCCCUCCGUCUGUGGUGAAGGAGGCUGUGGAAGUGCUGAAAGCUGAACGGGUUGGACAUGGUUACAGAACGCUGGAAGAUGAACAUCUGUACAAGCAGCUGUUGGCUCUAAAUAUGCACUUUGAGGUGUGUCCUAUUUCCAGUAAGCUCACAAGUGCCUGUGACUCAGAUUUUACAAAGCAUCCCAUCAUCACGUUCAGGAAGGACAAGGCUAACUACUCUCUGAAUACAGAUGACCCUUUAAUUUUCAACUCCACGCUCAACCUUGACUACAGCAUUGCACAGAAAUAUAUGGGUUUCACCGAGGAGGAAUUCAUAAGAGUGAACAUCAAUUCUGCACAGGCAUGCUUCUUGCCCGAGGGAGAGAAGAAGGAGCUUCUCUACAGACUGUAUGAAGCCUAUGGGAUGAUCCAGAGCACAGCCUUUUAAACCACGAGAAGACAGUCCGAGCUAAUCCAGGAAUAAAUAUAUAGAAUCCAGCAAAGUAAUUAUAUGCGUUAAAGGCUUGGGUGUAGGUUUAUAGCUACCUACGCCAAACAUGGUUGACUGGGAAUAUGCAUUUUACAAAAGGCGAGAAAAGUUGCUCUGUGGUAUCCAGGUUGAACGUCAUCAUGCAUAAGAUGAUGCUCUCCUGGCACCGCUACAAUCUUCCAUUCUAGCACAUGGAUAUCAAUCACACUGGAAGAAGGUCCUUAUCGCCGGGACCCAUCUUUUUAAAAAAAUGCACUAAGCACUAUUGAUCAUUCCCACCCAAUGCUAUUGUGGAUUUCACACCUAGUGCCCAUGUGGUCUAAAUACUGAACAGAAAGAUGCUUGUAUGAUGGCCUGUGGGUGUGUCGGCCUAAAAAUGACGUGUGGUGAGGUGGAGUGCAUGUGGAUCUUUAUCAUCUGGCAACAGAACACUGUUGCACCACAGAACAGCUAAAACCUGAUCUAAAGUUGAGUGCAGUGUAUUUUUGGUAUUUACAGAGCACAUCACUCAGGCACACCUUACAUAAGCAGGUUUACGACAUGUAGACCCUGCUUCGAUAUACAAUCGGUAACCACCACAUGAUACACACACUUGUAGAAAAUUACAGAGCUCUGCCUUACUGCUUCACCUCAGGGAGCUUGAGUGGCAGCCAUCUGCUAACGCACACAGAAGUUGAUGCUAAUUAAGAAGAAAAAAAAACCCUCACUGUCCACUUUUGCUAGAGCGCUGUGCGCCUGGUGCACUGUUAUUUACUUCAUGUUAUGCCCCAAACACACCCGAGACUAAUGAAGAGAACAAAUCCUACCCCUAAACUGCACAAAUCUUUUUGACACAUGCCAAAUGGAUUUGCUGUAUGCAUUUCAGACCAUAAAUUCACAAUAUCAGCACACUCUGUCUUUAAAGGAAAUGGGGUUUGCCUGUAUUGCUGUUACACUUUGCUGGGAGCUGAGUGCAUUCUGCUGCUAUUGGUACCAGAUACGAUCCUGCACAGUUUUGACUAGAGCUCAGUGGAGUUCAGUGACCCAAUUGCCUUUUGUGAGGACAAGUUCACUGAUCUUAACUCCAGAGAUGACACUGCCUUUUGUGGACACUGUGGAUGACCAGCAGCAUUCAAGAAGCUGGGUGAGGACUCAAGAGUGUCUAGACUUGUGAAUGUCCAGUCUCCAGGCUUUUAGUAACUUCUUGGAACUGUUCUAAAAGCAGUGUGUGUGUGAUGAAUGUUAAAUCUACUGUGAAAUUCACUUUUCCCAGCAGUCACAUCUCUGCUUCUGUAAAUUCAGCUCAAAUGGCACAAGGUCUUUAGACAGGAGUGUAUGAUACUGAGAUGGUACACCAUCUAUGCAGAAGAAUGAAGGUCUAAGCUUUCAGACUUUUGGUGCUAGUUUCAGCAUGAUUUUGAUGUCUUCAGAGAAUCCCUGGGUACCACUGGAAUGACUGUGUCAAAUGAGCGCCGUGUCGUGUUUUCUUGAGCACGAUUCAGCAGGUAGUCGCCUUCUUGCUGAAGACUCCGGUGAUUUGACCAGGCUGAGAGAAAGUUCUUCUGAUCAGUCAUCUUUUAGUUUAAGGGAGACCAGAGGUCAUUCAGUCCCAUCCCUUCAAAAAUGUGGCAUUUACUGUCAUCUUAUAAAAGUAACAACACUUCAGGUGAAAAAGGUGAAUAUCAAACACUGUUUAUCUUUCAUUUGAACACCAGGUGGCACACUGCCAUCACUGAAGUGGAAAAAGCACUGCUCAUGUACAGUGUGUGCUUUUACGAUUCAUUAAAAACUUUUUAAAUACGUAUUUAGCUAUUGCUUGGCUUCACUAUAAAGCACUUCCAUUGUUCUUACUGCCUCAUUUAUGACCCCAAGAAGUAUGUUUGCUCAUUUAAAGCAAAAAAGUGAAGUGGGGGCUUGUUGCAAGUCAACCUGUGUUAAAUAUCAUUUAUCACCAAUUACAGAAAUUGAAUUAACAGAAAAAAAUAAAUAUUUUUGCAAGACUG